UUACUUUAAAACAGUUGCACAGGUAUUAGAGCAGGCGUUUACAUAUUAAACUAUUUAUUGACUGUAUGUCAUGGAUGUAAAAAUAUGAAAACCAUAUUUUGGGUUUUGUUCGUUGCAUUUAUGGACGGAGGUUACGGUCUCUGUGAUUUUUCUGACUUAGAACCAUGCCUCUUCAAAAACAACAGGGAGUUACCAUAUUCAGUCUACACAAGGCAUCCUUCAAUUGACUACUCCUCCGCAACAGAUGAUACCAAAUAUUGUGAUCUGUUUGCACUUAGGCACGGUGUAUGGUACCGUAGUAGUUAUAAAAUGACGAACUACUGCGUCGAUCACAGGAAAUGUGGGACCAGUGAUCCGAUAUAUCUAAACGGGAGUAUACCGAGUCCAUCAGACGGUGUUGUCGAUGCAUCAGCUUGCGUUCGAACGUUUGGAAAUUGUUGUGAAAAAUUGUUGAAUCUAAGAAUCAAGCACUGUGAAUAUUUUAUGAUAUAUUGCUUUUUGGACCUGCACUCUUCAUGUCAUAGCAGAUUCUGUUUUGAUGUUGACCUAGAUGUUGAAACAACAACAACAACAACUACUACUACUACUACUACAACAACAACAACAACAACACCUACGCCAACUACAACAGCAUCAGAGUCUUCGCCUGGUGACAAACAUGAUGGAAAGCAAUACAAAGGUGAAAACACAGGACCUGUUAUUGUACUGGCAACAUUUCUUGUGAUUUCGGUGAUAACGAUAGGAUUCUUGGUAAUGUUCAUCUAUCAUCUCAGAAGUUCCAGUCCAGUUGUAUCAGCAUGUAAUGUAAUACCAGCAUAUGACAAUGCGAAGAAGAGUAUCCAUUCAUGUGAAAACAGUUUACCACCGAUAAAGCAAAACUUCCAUUCAAGUGAGAACUGCUGAAUCAGACUGUUGAAGAUGUUGUUGAUUCAUUUAGGAAAUAGUUUUCAUACUUACUCUUUGAUAACCCAUGCACAAGGAAUUCAUCAAUUUACUCUAAUGUUUAUCUAAAUAGAAGAUAUUACAUGAGAGUUUUUCAUGUUGAAAUUGUUAAACGAGUUGAAUAAAAUGAUAAUAUGCGAGGCUCUACCGAGCAUUUAGUCACUUUUCAUUUUCUUCAACUAGUUUAAUAAAUUCAAUAUGGAAAGUCACGAAUGUAAUACUUUUUAUCACGUGUUUGCUUUUCCUGUCGAAACAUCAACAAUUCUUCUUUUCUUUUACUAUACAAACAAGUCAAUUUGAACAACGUCUCCUAUACUAUAAACGACGUCAACGUCAAAGCUUUAUUACACUAGCGUAUUUUCAUAUUUAUGUAAUGGCUUUAUUACAUUCCUGCGACUUCAAACAUGUGAUAAGUAGAAAUAAAUGGAAAUUAUUAGAAAUACAGUAAAAUCAAUCUUAAGCAGCCAGCCUAGGGAGUGGGAAAAAGUGGCUGCUUACAGCAUGUGGCUGCUUAACGCAUGUUAUUUAUAGAAUGAAUGACCAUUUAGGGAAAUGAGACACUGGCUGCUUAAGAUAGGUUGGCUGCUUAAUAGAGAUGUCUGUAAAGCAAGUUUUAAUUGUACUUCCCUUGGGACACUACUGUAAAUGUUUAUUAAUAUGUAUAUCAUAUAAGGAAAAUGACGUUUAUUACCGUACAUUCUUUAAGGCCUCAACCUUAGCGGUGGACCGUUGGAACGACGCAACCAAAAUAUCGGCAGGUCCGCUAACUAUCAAAAGUUGAGUAGACCGACGGUCAACCAAUUUUCACGGUCUGCAAUUAAAAAAAACAUUUAAAAGUGCAAAAAAUGUAAAAUAUCGUACCCAAAUCGGCGAAUUCACAAUACGAAAGUUGAUUUUGCCUUAAGUAUGGCAUUCACCAGUUUUUAGCGUUGGCGAGGACGAACAGACUUUGCUGUAUACUCGACCGAUCAGGCGAGUGGUUUUUAAUUCAGAAAUUACAUCAACAAAAAUUACCUGGAUUGACUGGAAUUUACCCGCGAAUCGUAAAGAAAUCAAAACGUCAUGCUGGUAACUUUCCAUUCCACGAGAACGUGCGCCAUACCGUAAUAUCUCAUUUACAUCGCCGUUAGUUUUGUAUAUCGAUACUUACACACAAAAAAACGCGCGUAGUGCAUACAUGUUUAAUAUAAUAGCUUCAAAUUUUCAACACCGCUUGAGAACUAACACAGAUUGAAAUCUAUAACAAUUUCAUUAAGAUAUCGACAGAAAUGUAGGCAACAUUCUUUAAAAACGAUCUAAUUUUCAUAUGAUGAUUAGUAAAAUUUCAAAAUGCGCGAUCUUGAUUUUUUAUUUCUUUCUUAAAGUAAAUAAAUGUUACAUAUGAUGGUAAAAAAAAUCAGACUUUUGGUCAGAAAGUACAAAAAAACACAAUUAAAAAAACUUAAACAUUGAAAAAGUGGCAGCAAUUUAAAUACAUGGAGUAAAACGAUUUUUGGCGAACAGAUUUCUGUAAGGGUGGCAGAAUAUGUUACGUGACCUCGUGAACGUUAAUAGAAAUUUGGUUUUAAAAUAAAGCAGUAUGAUGUCGUUGCGGUUUUUAAAACGUUUUAAAUGAAUCUUUGUACAUGUAUUUUUUGACACGACACUAUGCCAGAUAUUAUUCUCAAACAAUAAUGUAAAUUCCUUGAGGGCACAUAGGUCAGAGGUAGGAUAUCCAAUAUUAUCGUUUGAAACAUUUACAUGUCAGUUUAUUCGGGAUAUUGCACAUUCGCUUAAAAAAAUAUAAAAAAUAUAAAAAAAAACUUUUUUAUUGAUUUCUUCUCCACAUUUAAAGGAACCGAGGAUGUACGAUCAUAAAGUGAUGUGUUACGUGGCGCGAAAACAUGACGUAAUGCCAUGACAAUCUCGGGCCACUAUACCGCUUUGAUCUCCACUUCAGAUGCCAUAAUAACCGACACACUUCUGUUAGUUGAGGGGUUGUUAAUUGAUUAUGAAAACAAGGCUAAUUACUUAGUUUAUCAACACAAUAAUUACCGAUAAUUGUUAAUGUUUUUUCCGCUUUUAACACGGGUCGGUUGGAUGAUGAUUAUUAUGUCCAUAUUUUGGGACACUUUUCAAAAUAAUUACUUUUCAGGAUAUCAGAUUGCUACAGCAGUAAGCAUACAAAUUACUUGUCGAACUAUUGUGAAUGAAAAUACGAUACAGUCAUUGUGUUCUUCCAUUUUAAUUAUUUAAGAAAUAUGUCCUGUUUCUUUGAGUCAUAUGGAGUUAUGGCGUCUACAACAUGACAAUUUAUGUGCUAAAAUUGGAGGUCCACUAAAAUCUGAGCAGGUCUACUAGAUUUUAGCAGUUGGUUGCCCUGCUAGCAACUGCUGAAAAAAGUUAUUUGAGACCUAUUCUUUUAAACAGAUUUAUAUUAAUCGAAAACAUUUUAUGGCUAUUAACCUUGUACUUUUGCUUCUAUCAAGAUCCAAACGUUCGUUUUCUUUAGAGUGUUCCUGUUGAAAUAUUUCACUGUCACAUUCAUGUUCAUAGCUAAGUUAAACAAUUUUUUAAAAAUCUUUAUUCAUGCAAAAUUUGGUUUAUCGUUGAUGUUUGACUUUGUUAACAGAAGAAAAUUAUCAUAGAAACGGCUUGUGAAACAGUGUUGAUUUUGUUCCAAAAGUUUAAAAUUGGGCCUCCUUGGCCGAGUAGUAAAGGUCCGAAAUACAUGCCCCUCAUCGUAUUCGAGUUGAACCUUGCUCGGGGCGUUGAAUUCUUUAUUUGAGGAAGCCAUGAAGCAGACUUACGAUGAUAUAAUGAACGGCUCUUUCUCCAUUGUCGAGUUGCAUUUGGUCGCUAUAUACGUUUGUUUAACUGGUUUGUUAACGUAAAAUGAAACAUUGUUCUGGACUCCUAAGCCACGGAUAA